CAGCUCUGUUACACUCGUUAUAGGGCAGCACCAGCUCCGGCAGCCACACGUCUCUGCCCUGGCCCUGGCCUGGCGACCAGGCUAUAAUAGUUGGACAGACUAGAGACAGACAAGCAGAAGGACCAGCCUUCCUCAUGGCAACUGCAGAAAAAGGAGCAACACAGCCAGGAAGCCCAAACCCAGAAGCGGACAAUGCCCCCAAAGGCAGGGCUGAUGAGGCUUCUCUUGUCCAGGAGAAAGGGGCUGUGCCUCCAGGUCAGCCCCUGCCUGGCAGCCCAGGCCCCCCCAAGGAGAGAGCUACUGCUGCUGGUGGGGUGACCCUCCCAGACGGAGGGGUAGGGGAGGCAUCUCUGGCAGCGGAGGGAAGUGCUGGGGUAACCGCUGCCCUGCCCCAGCAGUCUUCAUCGAAGGACUCCUCAGGGAAGAAAUCAGAGGCUGGCACCAAGAGCUCUGACACUGGACAGGACAACAAGGGUAGCCAAGGGGCAGGAGAACAGGCUAAGGGAGAAAAGAAGCCUGAAGGCAAAUCCCACCCUAAGAAGGCACCCCCACCCUUCUUGCACAGCCCCAGCUGCCCUGCUACUCUUCAGAGCUCUGAGAAAGUGAUGGAGAAGAGCCUGGGGGAAGCAGAGAAAGCUCUAGGUGCUGGAAAGCACAGUUCCCAGAUCUCAGAAACCAUCCCUGGACAAACCAGCUCCACCCCAGGUGCUUCUAGCAAGCCUGAAGAGGGAGGGAAGAAGUCCCUGGAUCCUCUGGCAGGGAGCCAGAAGGAGAAGCCUUUGGAGAAGGCUCAGGGCCCAGAUGGAGAGAAAUCCCAGGCCCAGUCCAGCCCCGCUAGUCCUCCCAGGGCCCAGCCCGACAGCAGCUCAGCUAAAGGAGCAGGGGACAACCCUGAACGGAUCGUGUUCCAGGCUGUUCCCUUGGAAAAAGAGACGACAGAGAAGACCGCCUGUCCUACUGCCAACAAAGAGGAUAACUUCGAGAUUCUAGAUGACUGCCCCCCUCCUCCAGCUCCCUUCUCCCAUCGAAUUGUGGAGCUAAAGACAGCAAAUGUGAGCAGUGAAUUCACCAUCAAUUCCCAGCACCAACUGGGAGGGGGGAAAUUUGGGGAAGUAUGUACCUGUACAGAGAAAGCCACAGGCCUCAAACUGGCUGCAAAGAUCAUCAAGAAGCAAAGCCCAAAAGACAAGGAGAUGGCACUGUUGGAAAUCGAGGUGAUGAACCAGCUAAACCACCACAAUCUUAUCCAGCUCUAUGCAGCCAUCGAGACGUCCCAUGAGAUCAUCCUCUUCAUGGAGUUCGUGGAGGGCGGAGAGCUGUUUGAGAGGAUUGUGGAUGAGGACUACCAGCUGACGGAGGUGGAUACCAUGGUGUUUGUCAGGCAAAUCUGUGACGGGAUCCUUUUUAUGCACAAAAUGAGAGUCCUUCACUUGGAUCUCAAGCCUGAGAACAUCUUGUGUGUCAGCACCACGGGCCACAUGGUGAAGAUCAUCGACUUUGGCCUGGCACGGAGGUACAAUCCCAAUGAGAAGCUCAAAGUCAACUUUGGGACCCCCGAGUUCCUGUCCCCUGAGGUGGUGAAUUACGACCAAAUAUCGGAUAAGACAGACAUGUGGAGCAUGGGCGUGAUCACCUACAUGCUGUGA